AUGUUUAAGAAAAGAGAUGGAUAUUUUGACAAGUUAGAAUGUCCAGAAAUACGUAAGAACAAAAAAUGUACAGUUCUCAAUUGCAUAUUUAACCAUGACUUUAAGUUGAAAGAAGUCAAUCCUAAGAAAAGGUCACUAGAGGGUGACGAAUUACCCAAACUGGUUAAGAAACUUGAUCAAUCAGAUAAACCUAAAGUGAAAGUAGAAAAAGCACAAGAUACGUCCUAUACUAUUCCCAAAGCUAUAAAUCAUUUGCAAAUAUCCAGAUCAGAUAGGACAAUUAAUGUGAAAAAGAUUGCUAAAUACUAUCUUGGCUUAAAUCAUGAUACACCAAAUAAAGAUGCAAUCGAAAAAGAAUAUGAGAUGGCAGAUAGAAGUAAUAACUUAGAGCAAUAUAAAGCCUUUGUUACCAAUCUAUUAGAAGAAAACAAAGAAACAAAGGUUGAAGAGCCAAAAUUUAUAUUGCCAAAAGAGAUCAAGCUGGCUGCACCAGCAACAAUUCAAGUAAGGAAAAAAUUUAUCCAAAUCAUGGUUGAUACAUUGAAAAAGAAUGAUCCCAAUAUUCCAACACCAAUAUUAAAAGCCACAGAGGAAGAAUUUAAAGUGGCCACUGAGUGCACACCAAAUACUUAUUCACAAUCGAUUAAGAGUAAAAUUUAUGAAUUGAAUAAUCCUGAGAAAUUUGAAAAUAAGAAAAAAAAGCUUACCGAUUCAGAAUAUCUUACAAAGUUAGAGGAAUUAGUCAUACCACGAGAAACACUCAUCAAAUUUGGAUAUAUCAUGAAUAUUCCUGAUUCAAUAGUACCGGACAAUGUCAGAACAUGUAGAAGAUGCAACAAUGAAUUCAAACUACAAGAGCAGCUCAAACCUAUACAAUGCCAUUAUCACUCGGGAAAAGUAAUUAAGAAGGACGCAUUCAAUAAAAUAUACGAAUGCUGUGGAGGUGUCGUUGGCGGCGAGACAGAUAGCUGCGAAGUGUCAGAGCAUCAUGUCUUUUAUUGGAAUAGCCCUGGAGAAAUGCAAUACGCUUUGCCAUUUCAUAUGACAAGUGAAUUAUUUGGUAUAAAUAGUCAAAGUUUUAAAGUUGUCGGCAUUGAUUGUGAAAUGGGGUUUACUACUAGAGGGUUUGAAUUAUUGAGAAUUACAGCUGUCGAUUUUUUCAGUGGCGAGGAUAUUAUUGAUAUUCUAGUCAGGCCAAAGGGUGAGGUUAUUGAUCUUAAUACAAAGUGGUCUGGAAUUGCAGAGAUUAAGGAAGAGGCAAUGAAUUUUGAGGAUCUGAUUCGACUUUUAGGUGAAGUUAUUGAUUCUAAUACUAUCCUAAUUGGUCACGGACUUGAAAAUGAUAUGAAUUCUAUGAGACUUAUACACGAGAGGAUAAUUGACACUGCUGUGUUAUAUCCAAAGCACAAGACAUCACCUAAAUUCAGAUUUCCUCUCAAAUACUUAACUUUCAAGUAUUUAGGCAGAACUAUUCAAUCUGGAGAACACGACAGUAGUGAGGACUCUCUAGCAGCUAUUGAUGUGGUCAAAUACUUCAUAAAUCAAGAUUCAUAG